AGCGGAGCAACCGCUACUCCACUCAUCACUCCAUCACUGGCCUACCUGAGAAAAGACUACCUGUGACUUACCUACGGCUACAGUUAACCAGCAAAAUCACCAUGAAGGUCCUGAGCAUCUCUGUAUUACUCUGUGUGGCCUUAACUCUAAGGGAAGCAGCAGGGCAGCAGCAGGCUGUGGCAGUGGAACAACUGAGCAUUGUUCCAGUUCUAGAAGAGGCUAAAGAGACUGGGCCACUGAAGCCGCUGGGUGACGCUCCAAUGGAGACCAUAGUAGAACUGGUAGAAAACAAAGUAGAGCUUGCUCUACUUGAAGAAGGGGAGGCUGAGGCUCAUGCUCUUGCGCUGGUCCAAGCACCAGAGAUAAGGUUUUUGCACUGCCCUGAUGGUUGGUACCUACAUCAGUCACGCUGUUUCCUCUUUGUGAACUCAUACUUGUCGUGGCACAACGCAGAGGAACACUGCAACACACUGCAUGCAAACCUGGCCUCCGUUCAGAACCCCCGACAGUAUCGCUUCCUGCAGCAGUUAACGACAAUGGCCAACCGGCACAGCGCGUGGAUCGGUGGAUUCUAUCUCCAGGACAGGUGGCUGUGGAUCGACCGUGUAGGAUUCUACUACGAAAACUGGUACACACACCUUGAUGUGGGCCGCAACGCUUGCAUCCAUCUGCGCACCUCAGUGGGCUGGUCAAAUGCUCACUGUGGCACAGGUCUCCCAUUCAUCUGUGUGAAAAUGUCCUGUUAGUCAAGAUUGUGCUUCCUGCCAGCAGCAUGAUUUCAGUACGAGAAAGCAUUGUUAGUUGGUUGAUGUUAUUUCUAACUGCGUUCAGCAUUUUAGCGUAAUGAAUCCAGACUGCAUGACAUCCGGCCGUGAUUGGGAGUCCCAUAGGGCGGCGCACAAUUGGCCCAGUGUCGUCCGUGUUUGGCCGGGGUAGGCCGUCAUUGUAAAUUAGAAUUUGUUCUUAACUGGCUUGCCGAGUUAAAUAAAGGUUGAAUAAAAAAAAAAUUAAACAUU